AUGGCAGGCCCUACUGGCUCUGCUAGGGUUUCUCAGAUUCAUGGGAGAAACAAGGGAGGAAGAAGAAGUUUCAGGAAGCUGGAACGAAGGGAGGGUGUCACGUUGUUCGUCGAUGGGCUUAAUGACAGAGUAACAUACAAAGUACUGAGAAGGAUUUUUGAGAAAUAUGGACAGGUGGAGAGUGUCUUUCUGCCUAGAGCAAAGAAAAAAGGGAGAAGGUUUAGAUUCGGAUUCAUUCAUUUCAAGGCAAGGUCUGAGGGAUUUCGAGCCAUGGAGGGUUGGCAUAGGCGAAGGCUACACAAUGUGUUCCUGACAGUGCAACCAGCGAAAUUCCCACUGCUGCAAAGAAGGGAAAGAAGUGAGAUGAAAGGAGGAGCUAGAAGUCACCACAACAUCAUUAAGCUGGUUUGGAAAAGAAAAGAAGACAAUGGUCAGGAAGUGCUAAAUACUAGAAAACCAUCCAUACGCAAGGAGUGGAGGGUCAAGCGGAAACCUCCAGAAUAG